UUUGAAGACCUCCUCAAUCCCACCCACACGUCUUCCGGUGAGGAAGCAGAGUCUGGGGACUUUGGGCUGGCCUCUCAAAUCUCUGGUGCUGAGGUCACUGAGGUGGUUAAAUAGCUCCUCUGUGGCAAGGCUCCAAGGGUGGAUGAGAUCCGCCCGGUGUUCCUUAAGGCUCUGGAUGUUGUGGGGCUGUGUUGGCUGACGCGGCUCUGCAAUAUCACAUGGACAUCGGGGGCAGUCCCACUGGACUGGCAGACCGGGGUGGUGGUUCCCUUAUUUAAAAAGGGGGACCACAGGGUGUGUUCCAACUACAGGGAAAUCACACUCCUGAGCCUUCCUGGUAAGGUCUAUUCAGGGGUUCUGGAGAGGAGGGUCCAUUGAAUUGUUGAACUUCAGAUUCAGGAGGAGCAAUGUGGUUUUCGUCCUGGCCGUGGAACACUGGACCAGCUCUAUACCCUUAGGGGGAUCCUGGGGGGUGUGUGGGAAUUUGCCCAACCAGUCUACGUGUGUUUCGUGGAUUUGGAGAAGGCGUUUGACCGCGUCCCUCGGGGGGCCCUGUGGGGGGUACUCUGGGAGUAUGGGGUACCAGGCCCUCUGAUAUGGGCUGUUAGGUCCCAUUAGAAGGCGAAGCUCUUGAUUUACCGGUCGAUCUACGUUCCUACCCUCACCUAUGGUCAUGAGCUUGGCUAGUGACCGAAAGAACGAGAUUGCGGAUACAAUCGGCUGAAAUGAGUUUUCUCCGAAAAGUGUCUGGGCUCUCCCUUAGAGAUAGGGUGAGAAGCUCGGUCAUCCGGAAGGGGCUCGGAGUAGACCCGCUGCUCCUCCACAUGGAGAGGAGCCAGUUGAGGUGGCUCGGGCAUCUGGUCAGGAUGCCUCCUGGACGCCUCCCUGAUGAGGUUUUCCGGGCACGUCCAACCGGGAGGAGACCUAAAGGUAGACCCAGGACACGGUGGAGAGACUAUGUCUCUCACCUGGCCAGGGAACAACUUGGGAUUUCCCCGGAGGAGCUGGCCCAAGUGGCUGGGGAGAGGGAAGUCUGGGCCUCUCACCUUAGGCUACUGCCCCUGCGACCCGACUCCGGAUAAGCGGAUGAGGAUGGAUGGAUGGAUGGAUGGAUGGAUGGAUGGAUGGAUGGAUGGAAACUGCCUUUGCGUUGAUGCUGUUUUACUGGCAGAGGAGUAAUGAAGUGUAAUAUUGGAGGCAUUUAAUGAAACAUUAAGUGAACAGUGAGAACAUCUGGGACUAAUGGGAGAAAAUGUAAUGAAUACACUUUGGCAACUCAUGUCCAAUACUUUUAGAUUAAAUGACAAACUGCUUCUUGUUGCUUCCACAUAGGUGCUACUACUCUUUGUACUGCAGGUAUUGCAUCCAAUUUCAUCAUUCAUGUUUUUCUUUUUUUAUAUUUUUUUAUUUUAUUUUGCUGUAAAGUCACACAAACGGGUUAAGAAAUGGUUAAAUUAGCAUGAUUUUCCGUGUGAGCAUGACUGCUUUUGGGCUAGGCAUGCAGGAGAAAUGUCCCACAGCAGCACUUCUAAGGCUUAAUUAGCCACUUCAUGCCACUGAUCCCCAGGAAUCUAAACAUUCCAGAACAUUCUGAUCCUAAACAUCUACCAUGAGUAAAUACUGCAGACCAGUGUCAUUGUUGCGGAUGUUUCUGGUGUCGUUGAGGUCAACAUGGAUGUCUCAUCUGAAAAAGAGACAGGAAGUGGAGCAGGAAGUGCAUAAAGAACACAGACACGCUGAUGGGGAAGGAGAACAAUGGCAUCUUUUGAUUAGAAUGGCUAGAGUUUAAGAAAUACACGCAACUUUCCAGUUCUGUGACGCACAUGUGGACUUUACAUCUAUUUUAAUUAUACAUUUUUAAUAGAUUGCCAUGAGAAGAGAGUACUCUUCUUUAAAAUCACAGACGUUAUUCCUGUAACACAACCCAAAACUGAAGAGCUGGGAACAUCUAAGUCCAGCAGCUUGUUGAAACCUCUUGAGCAACAAUACGUCCAUCCAUCAAUCCAUUAUUAAUUCUCAGUAUUUAUCUUUUUUGUGAAUUCACCAGUCUCUCCCGGGCUGUGGAGGACUUUUUUAUCUUUUGUCAUUUGUCAUUCUGUCUCUCUCGGAUGUGUUUGAGAUCAUUGUUUCGUUUUAUAACCCAUUUUGGUCCAAGCCUCAGCUGUCAGUCAGCACAUUUUUCUCUAGAAUAAUCUGGUCUGCAGAGGAGGUCAUGGUGGGCUCAAGUGUUUGCAGGUAGCCCAAAUAAUCAACCCUCCACCGCCGUCCUGAAAGUUGAUGUGAUCAGUUUGUGAUUUGUUUGGUGCACCAAGGAUUUCUCCUAACCCCUCCAAAUCAGCGUUGUUUAGUCUUUUUCUAAUGACCCUGCCAUUUACUUGAAUCUUUGGCCUUUUGACUGAGGCCUGUAGAGUCGGAGGUGGAGUGUUUGAGGUUUAGUUGUGAUUUUUUUUAGCGUAGCAUGGUUUGACCUUGGGUUGAAUUUGCAGGGACAUUCCCUCCUGAGAAAACUGGAAGUCUGUCUCUGUGAAAUGAUAGUCUCUAUGGCAUUAGUACUUUCCAGAUUCAUAACUGCUAAUGUCUUUGUUCCUUGGAUCACACACCUUAAUGCUCCAAACCUGCAAACAGCCAAAAACACACACAUUUAUAAGGGAGUUCAGACUUACUGAGAAUCAGUGAAUCAGUGCACUUGAUCAGUAACACCUAGCUGCUACUUUUCCUCUUAAUUUCUGCAGAAGCAGAAAGGAUGAACUCAAUUUAACUUGUUUUGGCUUAUAAAAAACACAACAUUGUAAAGUCAUGUGGUGCAGAUCCUUCUGAAGUUGGUUCACUUAAGCCUUGGAUCGAUUUACACCCAGUGCACAUUCUCUAAAUUGUGAUACACAAAACCUUCCAAAUAAAGAGGCAUAACUAUAGAAAGCAGGCAGAAAGAGCUCUCUUGUUGCUGUUUUCCACUUCUGCUCCCUCACAAGUGUCACGCAGCGCUGCAACACCUAUUACAGCUCGACUCUUAAUGGCACUUACAGGCUAAUGUUGUUUCCAGGAAGCCUACAUGUCUCGAGUUCUCUGAACAGAGUCGAUUUCAAAGCACAACAAAAUGCUCCGAUCAACAUGUAAUUAAAUGCUACAGUUAACCCUCAGCCUGCUGUUCCUCUUUCACCCCCGUAAACUGGUAGUUCACCUGCUGGUUCCCUGGAGGAAUGCACUGAACGUGGAGACGCUUGAAAGGAUGUGUCCUACAUAUUAUGCUAAAGAUGCAAACAGCCUCCCACAAACUUGGUAUAACUGACUCAGCUGGGAUCAGAUUUAAAUUUUUGUAUUUUGGAGCUUUUUCUUUGCUCUGUGGGCAGCUUCAGCACCAGGUGCUGUUCACCAUCCUGCAGCCUGAAUCACCGAGCAGCAAGUAGCUUGUCAUCACAAUGAUUAGCAGGCGGCUGACUCACCUGCUGUUCUCCGAAAGAGGGCUUAAGGUCCAAUGUGUGAAUUUUAAAAAGCAAGAAAAGUGACAAAGAGUGACGAAUGUGUCAAAUAUAUGGAGUGUUUUUCAUUAGCUGGCAGGUGGAGGUGGGGUGUCAGCUAGAGGUCUCGUUUUCACAGGAUGAAUUGUUAAUGUGUGUUUGGACAAUAAACCAUCAGCCAACCCGGAUCACUUGACAGGCCCACUAAGCAAACUAAUUGGUGUCUUUAUCAGUUGGGUCAGAUAAGAGGGCUGCUGCCUUUAAAUCAUUUAUGACUCAAACUUCAGACCCGUUGGAGUAAUCCAUCCAUCCACUUCACUUCACUUGUGUCGUGGCCGCCGUCUAAUCAAGUUUCAGGAAGAUGUCAAAGCACAAGUUUGCAAGCAAAAGAAUCGAGCUACCUUCUGUGAUUUCUCUGAAGAAAUUCCUGUUUUCAGAUGCACAGUUUGAUGCAAGACCUGAUCUAAAAGAGAAGAUUUUUUCUUCAUCAAAGGGUUUUUGGUCAGUGUUGCAACCCGUGUGCAAAUGCUCAGCGUGAACUCUUCCUGUAAUAGACAAAACCCUUUUCUGAUUUAUUUGCCGUUUUCAAGUGUGCAAUAGUUUAAUUGUAUGUGUAAAAUGUUGUAGCUCCAUCCUCCCUCUGAGGCUGAAUUUAAGGUCUUUGGGCUGUUUUAAUAAGAACAGCACAAUUUGAUGUUUGUAGAAAUCGUGUGAUUAGUCCAUACUCACAUAAUGAUAGUCAUUCAAGUUCAUGUGUGAAAACGAAAGGUGCACAAAUAGCUCAUUAAAAGUGUGUAAUUACACAGUUGCUGACUCAAUUUAAGUUCAUGUGGGAAUUUGGGACAAACCUGAUGCAAAAGCGUCCACUUUCUAACAUGCGGUGCGUCAUUAACACGUCUUCAUGGUCAUUCUGGCUGCAGCCUUCCUGCGUGGAUGUUCACCCUACCAUGCAUGUGUUUUCUGCAGCUCCUCUGGUGCAUGCCACGUUAAACUGUGAGCCACUUUGGAUAAAAUUGUCUGCAAAUUGAAAGAACAAACAUUUGAAUAGUCUUCGCUUUUUAUUUAGAUAGAUUUAUCUUUAUAAACGUGGAAUUUAUUAUUUAAAAAUACAUUAAUCUUAUAUGUGUGCAAGGCUUACUUCUUCACGCAAAACAAACGGUAACUUUUAUGAACUCUAAAAUGUUAAACAGAGUAAGAAAAAUAUGUUACUCACCGUGAAUCUGUGCAAAUAAUGCAGGGAAAAGACUAAAUUGGGAUGGAUAAAUGUUUGUGUUGAAGUGACACAAGUUGUUUAGUUGACUGAUACAUUUUUGUUUUAUUUGCAUCCAAUUUUGCUAAAUUGGUCUCUCACUCAAUACAAAUGGGAUUUUGUGGGAUCAUGUGACUCCCUCUUUGGCCCUAAAUCUGUUCCCCUCGGACUCAUUUUAUGUCUCUCUAUUAAAUUUCGUAUCUUUUCCUUAUUUUUGAAACAUUUGUGAAGGAAAUGUCUACAUUAGUAGAGCUAAUAUCCAGAUUUUUGUCUGCAUGAAUAAUUUCACUGUGGGUGUACUCGAUAUGUCCCGCAGCCCCUCCCUGUAAUCUGCAGCGGGGGGCGGAGCUUAAACACACAUUGUGCUUCCCUGGCUCGAGGCGCAUUAGGUGGAUUACCGCGGCGGGCUGGCAGAGGGAGGCAGCGUAUCUUCGUCGGUUUCCAGCGGCAGCAGCGAGGGGUAGCCUCCGUGGGAGCCGUGAUGGCAUCUGUUGCACCGGACGCCUCAGCGGUCGCGUUUAAUUCCGAGGAGAACGGAGCGGGAGAGCCAGCCUGAGUCCGCCGGUGAUGAAUUGAGCUGCUGCGGACAAAAGUUGAUCAGAAGUCGGGAUUCAGUCGCUCCCCACUGCUGUAAAAUGGCCAUUCAGACAGGAGAAAGUGGGAGGAGUGAAGGUUGUUGAAUGGGAGCUGACUGAUAGUCUUCGCCUUGGACUCGCUUCACUGGUGCUUACGGCGAGGUGCGAGGCAAGAUCUACUCAUUUGUGUCUGUUGUCAGGGCAACAGAUGGAAUGUGAUUCCCCCCAUCUGCCGACAGCUGAAAUAAAUGACGCUUUAACUCGUGAAGGUGAGGGAGGAGAGGAGAGUGGAACGAAAAAUGAUUAGAGCAUUUUAUAGCUUUAUUUCCUACUUGUGUGUCUUUUUAGUUCUUUCUCUUUUUGCUUCUGGAUUACAGAUUGAGCGGGCUAAGCUGACAGUGAAUAGACACACACCAGCAGUGAUGCUAUGCGCGUGAGCACGGAGUGGAUUAACUAACACACACGCACACUGAACCCAUCAAAGAGAUCCAGUGCGGAGCGCGGCGGCUGCGAUGUAAACAGCCUCAGCAUCCCGGUGCCCAUACGUCGCGGCGGCUCGGAUCCCAACUUGGACGUGGUGGACAGCGUUGGAAAUGACGGCGUUGGUGUUGAUUUCACUAAGGGAGCGCUGGGAAUCGACUCGCUUCAACAGAAGAUCCUCAAGGUGACGGAGCAGAUCAAGGUGGAGCAGGUGGUGCGGGACCAGAACGUCGCCGAGUACCUGAAGCUGAUGAACAACGCCGACAAGCAGCAGGUGUCUCGGAUACGUCAGGUGUUUGAGAAGAAGAACCAGAAGUCCGCACAGACCAUCGCUCGGCUGCAGAGGAAGCUGGAGCAGUACCACCGGCGUAUGAAGGACAGCGAGACCAACGGGAAGCACGGCCACAAAGACGGCAGUGGUAAAGAGUCCGGGUCUCACAGCAAGGAGGGCAGCCUGCGGGACAUUAGCUCCUCCGGGCGCCACCCUACGCUGGAUAAAGUUAAAACCAUCGGGCCGGGCGUGUCGCUCUCGCCGCCGUUCUUCUUUAACAAGCCACGGGAGUUCGCCAACCUCAUCAGGAACAAGUUUGGCAGCGCCGACAACAUCGCCCACAUGAAGAGCUCCAUGGAGACGGUCUCGGGACUGCAGGCGGAGGGCGGGUCCAGGGGUCUGAGCGGCAGCGCCACCACAGUAGCCAAAGCUGCGAAAUACCCGAGCGACGACGAGUGCUCCACGGGAACGUCGGCGUCGGCCGAUUCAAACGGGAACCCGACGGGAGAAUCGGGCGCCGGUUCCGGAGGUCAGGGGAGGUCAGAGUCCAGCGGGCGUCUGGUGGCGAUUAUGGACAUGGUGCAGGAAAUCCAGGUGGCUCAGAGUCAGCUGGCCGACAACAUGGAGAAUCUGAACAAGCAAUUCAAAAGCGACUACAGCUACUUCACGCAGGUGAUGCAGGAGGAGAGAUACAGGUACGAGCGCUUGGAGGACCAGUUAAAUGACUUGACGGAGCUCCACCAGCAUGAGACCAGUAAUCUGAAGCAGGAACUGGCCAGUAUAGAGGAGAAGGUGGCCUACCAGGCCUAUGAGAGGGCCAGGGACAUACAGGAGGUUCUGGAGUCGUGUCAGACCCGCGUGUCGAAGCUGGAGCUGCAGCAGCAGCAGCAGCAGCAGACCGUUCAGCUGGAAAACACUGAUGCCAAAGUCCUCCUGGGAAAGUGCAUCAACAUCAUGCUCGCCAUCGUCACCGUCAUCCUGGUGUGCGUCUCCACGGUGGCCAAGUUCACCGCCCCGCUGCUGCGCAGCCGCCUGCACCUGGUGCUCACCUGCGUGGGCGUGUCUGUUCUGGCACUGCUGUGGAAGAACUGGGAACCUGUUCAGCACGCCAUGGAGCGACUGAUACUCCCGCGCUGACACGCGUGGUCACGGCAACGCCGGCAACAGGGAGGAGUUUACUCGUAGCCUUACACCCGCCCUGCUCAACACCGAUUCUCGACCACCUGCAGAUCGUCCGCUGACGAGCCUUACCCAGAAUGCACCUGCUUUCAGAGAGAGAUCCACGCUGGUUCCGCUGCCCCACACCAACACGAUGGAGUCUGGGUUUAAGUCCGCCGACUCGCAGCAGGGGCGUGUUACUACUUCCUGCCCUCAGACGGGAGCAGCCCCUCUCACCUGCAGGAACCCGGGAGGUUCUGCGACCACUGGAUCGGCCGUGAAGCCACACCGAACGCCUCGCCGUGCUCCCGCCAGCUCUGACUGGUGUUCGGUGGAGUUUUGAACACACCGUAUUUGUGUGAAUGUUUUUCUUUGAGACGCACAUCGUUUGAAUCAAUUGGAGUGUUUUUUUUUUAUGUGAUUGUGGCGUCACGUCUCGUUUUCGUCCUACAGGAAGCGUUAGGCAUGAAGGCUCUGAACACGUCUUUGUGUGAAACACGCGAAGCUGAGAUCUGGAGGCGGUCUGCUGGAAGGAGGAAGGGAAGUGGCUACAAGAUUUUAAAAAAUGCACCUUUAAAGUUUACCGAUGAGCAGAAACACGAAGCCACGGGCACAGCUUCCAUUAAACAUCCCAUAAUAACGUUUGAUGGUGCUGGUGGCGAUCUCACGAACAAACGAUGAGUACAAACAGCUGAGCAGAGUUUGUUUCCUGGAUAGAAGAAGGAACUAAAAUCUCACUGUAGUGUUUUUGUCCCGUUUGUCACCAGCGGGUGACUUCAUGUACGUUUACGAGUGUGUGCGAGGUGCUGAUCCAACGGGUUUGACACGGGCCCAUUCCCCUCCUGCUACCAGCGCUCACCUACCUGCUCACCAGCUGUUUUUGUCCUCGUGCGAAACAACAAAAAAGGAAAGUGUUCCUGGAAAGCCUCGGAGCUGCGGCUCGUCUUGUGUGUGUGUGUGUGUGUGUGUGUGUUAUAAUUCUUGUGUUUAUGGGUUGAGGCGUUUUUGUUUUCCGGCUGACGGCCGGUCGAGGAGCGAUCCUGGUUUACAAAUGAACGUGAAAAUUUGUGUGCACGAGAACCGUGAGGAACGGAACGUGGUUCUCUAGAAAACUCUAGAUUUGAGCGUGCUUGACUCAUAAAAACGCCUUUUGAAAGGACGACCUGAACAAAAUGGUUUCUAUGUGAAGCCUGUGUUGUGCUGCGUUCAAGUCCCGUGGGAAUAGAGGCUCUCUGAUUGAAAGGAGUGGUUUUAUUUUUUUGAAUGUAGGUGCAAAUCCUUGAAAGUUUAAAAGAGACUUGCCUGCUGUUGAUUCCUUGUUUGGGUUUUUAUUCACAUUUUACUCCCACAGAAUUCUGUAAAUACUCUGAAAUUCAAGUCGAGGUUUCUCUGCUUUAAAUAAAUGUCUGGUUUUGCUCUGAAACGUCAGAAAUGUCCACCACACUGUUCUCGGGCAGAGCUUGCUCCUCGGAAAUGAACACAAGAGGUAGCAUUGUUACCCAGCGGUUGUUUUUCCCACGUGACAUGAAUGCAGCAUUCCAGACUAGAGAGGACCGAUGAACAAUGUAGCUCUGAUUUCCCAAACCUGAGUCAUCGUGAUGACGACGGGGCUCAAUGGGUCUGAUGCCUUUUCCGUGCAGCUCAUUUAGUCCUCCUGCAUGUUUGUGUCUUUCAAAGACCAGAUUUAAUUAUUUUCUGUAUGUUUUUCUUUUCUUUUACCAAAUGUAAACACUACUUUGAGCAGAAGAAACAAAGCUUUCACUGUUGUAUGUGCUUUAGAAGAGAAUUAUGAGAUUUCCAUAACGUUAUUACUUUUUUAAAGAAGAAAAUAAAUCUUUGUUUUUCUAA